AUGGCCUCUAAGACGCAGCGGAAAGUGAUGGUGUUUGAUGACGGUGGGGCGGGUAGCCCCGCAGCCGCACCUAGUGCUGACUUUGAUCCUCGUCGAUUUGGUCAGACGGGGCAGGGCGUACGAGGCUCAAGUGGAAAUUGCAAAGACACCUCCAUGACGAGCCAAACCGAUGUGCAGUCAGGAACAUCUGUCGGCACACUUGCUGCGACAAAACCUCCCCGAGGUGAUCUCCUGACAGCUAAGAGUACCCACAAAGGCAUUCAAGUGACCUUGGAUAACAACAACAUGUGGAAUGAAUUCUUUAGUUGUAAAACUGAGAUGAUUCUGACCAAGCAAGGCAGCAGGAUGUUUCCGUACUGUCGCUUCCGUAUCUCGGGAUUGCAGCCAUCCAGGAAAUAUGUUUUAAUGAUGGACAUUCAGCUGGUAGAUCAAAAUCGUUACAUGUGGACUGGCACCUGCUGGCAGGUAGCUGGGAAGGCAGAACGUCACAUGACAUGUUUGCCUUUUGUGCAUACGGACUCACCUUCCACAGGUCAGCACUGGAUGCAGAAUCCUGUUUCGUUUUACAAACUAAAACUCACCAGCAACACAGCCGAUCAGGAAGGCAAUGCAGUCCUGCACCCAAUGCACCGGUACAUGCCGCGCCUGCAUGUGGUCCAGACGGAGAAAGCUGCUAAAGACAUUAAACUGAAUGCCUCAAACGUUGCCACGUUCACAUUUCAACAGACAGAGUUCAUGGCUGUCACCGCGUACCAUAACUCCCAAUUUGCUCAGCUGAAAGUGGAAUACAACCCGUUUUCUAAGGGUCUUCGAGAGGAUGGUGUUGGUUCCCUGGGCCUGAAGGUGAAGUCCAACCACAGUGAAGCUGCAGCAACCGCUCAGCAGCAACCGCUAAAGAGAAGCUUGAAGUCCUUGCUUGCGAAUCAUAAAGCUCGAAGCUCUACUACACUAAAAUCAGCUACGUUUCCGGAGACUGAUUGUGUACAGGAUCCAUCCUCAGGAUCUGUACCCAAGGUUGUGAAGAGCAGUACCUGUUCGCCAGAGCCAUUACCUUCCUUACCUGCCACCUUUUCAUUGGAACUAGACUCUACUUCCUCUGGACCGCCUGAGAAUUUGCAGUUAAGCAAAGAUUCUAGUCCAUCUGUCUUCAAGUGGCAUACAGUUUUACCUCCUCCUGAACCCUACGUUGACCCUUCCUUUGAGGUCUUUCAUCCUAAAUCACAGAGUGUUCCACUGGGAUCCUCCUUGUCGCCUUCACGAACUCCUGCUAAUGAUCCAUCCCAGUCUCCUGCCCCGAACCGUUUGGAUCCCCCCAGUGUCGAUUCUCUUCCUUUUCAAGAAAGCGAACAGCCACUACCUUUUCCAGGAGAACUGUCUCCCCUUGCACUUCCAUUGACUCUCUCACCAACUUUCUCCUCUCUGGACGGAGACGCUUUGUCGCCAACGCCUUCCAUCGCGGACCUAGUGCAGUUUUUUUCUGCGGAGGAGAACCUCGGAAUCGGGGUGGAGUUUCCGAGCGCAGACUUGCCGGCGCCUCCGUGUUCGCUUGAAGUUUCUGAAGAAGCUCAUGCAUCUGCUCAUCUGGCGCAUGCGCCAGCGGUCCUUUCCCCAAAAUCCCUGAAGGGCAAAAAGAAGCUUCGUCGGCGAAAAAACGCCAUGUGCAAUUUGGAACCAAAGACCGAUGACACUGCCUACACGACAAUGAAACCUAAUCUGGAAGAAGUGGAGGAGCAGCUUUUUAUCUCCUUCACUUCCAAGGAGGCACUUAAACUUCAUAUCGCUGAUAGCGAACAGCGAGAAGCAAACAGCCAGCAUGUUGCACCGUCAGCAGACGUUCCUCCGCAGCAGCCCACUGAACAACAUGAUCAUGAAGCGACCAUUUCUGCCUUUGAGGAUGUUCUUCGCAAAGACGUGAAGAUGAUGAAGCACCAUCAAGUCAUUCACCCAGUGCUACAGGAAGUUGGACUGAAGAUGAAUCUGCUGGAUGCCAGCCUUUCCAUUGAUCUGCAGUACCUGGGCGUCCGUCUGCCCAUACCACCUCCUGGUACCACUAUAGAUGCUGGUAGCCAGGAGCUUCCGAGCAUCAUUCCAGGCACUUCCGGAUCGUUUGUGUCCAGAACGGGUAAAACAACAGACGUGACGCAGAUUAAAGGUUGGAGAGAAAAAUUCAGUCCAUCGGAACCUUCAGAGACUCCCUCACCUUGCAAGCCUGAAGCGUCUGCCAGCUCUGAGCAGCCCAAGAAGAACCUGUCGGCUUUUUGCAGCGACAUGCUGGAUCAGUACUUGGAGAGCGAGGCCAAGCUGAUCGACCAGCGCGUGGCCAGCUUUUCCCAACCGCCGGGGGAUUCGCUGCCCGUCUAUGAGCAUCCCGCCAGCAGCACCAGCUACGUGCGCACACUCAACAGCGUCCUCAAGAAGCAAAGUCCCGCCCCGGCAACCUCGGAACUCAUCUCCGGCUUCAUUCCGCCCUCAAAGAGAGCCAAAGCUCCCCUCAGGCAGCUCAAGGUCUCCAAGAAAGUUGUAAGAAAACCCAAGAGAUUCAAACCUUCAGUUAAUCCCAGUACAUCGGACUCUUACCCAUCAGUUGGCACUUUGAGAGAUAGCCCCCAGAACUCGGCGCUCCUCGCAGAACCGCUAAAACCAAAUAAUCCUCCUCCUACAUCCCCUCCCGUUGAGAGGAAAAAAAGAUUCAAACAUAUACCCACCCACCUGCAGUCAAACCCUGAUGGCGCCAACCUUUCUGCUUUCCUGAAACCGAUGCUGACCCGAGGCCUGCUGAGGCAGAAAGACCUGGAGGACAGCACCAUGUGGGGUGGGCAACCUCGCACUUUCAUCACUGAGGAGAGGGCCUCCAUAGCUCUGACAUCGCUUUUCACCUUGAAGGGUUUCGUGAGCGACAACCCUACCGCCCCCAUCCAACUGCCCCACAGGCCGGAGCACGCCUGCUUCAACGAUUUCUGCAGGCUGGGCUGCGUGUGUAACAGCUUGGCCCACACAGCCCGCUUCAGCCACUGCGGGCGGCCGCAGUGCAUGCUGGGUUGCAGCUGCCUCAAGCAGAAGGUGGUUCUGCUUAAGAACCUGGAUGGCUCUGAUUCCAGCCCCUCCAGCCAUGGCGGCAGUAAGAGGAAGAAGAAAAAGAGGAUGAAGAUGGCCUACAUUCUGAAGGAAGCGGACAGCGUCUCUCAGCCCGCUGAACGUGUGCGCACUCUCUGGAAGACGGACAACCAAGAACUUGAGCUUGACCCUAUCCACAUCCCAAAAACAUCCUCAGUUAACCCCUGCACCACCUCCACUACAAUAUUGUCAAAGAAUGAUGACGGAAGCUGUGCCCGAGUAAGAAGAUUUGUCGGAAAGUCUACCACAAAAGAGAAGUCCAGACACCGAAGUUCCAGUGACUCAUCCAGCAUGUUCCUCCAGAAACCGCAUAGGAAACCUAAACGUUGCAAGAUGAAAUAUCGCAAUAAACUCAAAGCUCUGCAUCCCGAACGGAAGCCACCUCAGCCAAUGGCAUCCACUCAAUCUCUGCCGGCUCCAUCCAGUCAACCUCAGCCAGUUCCACCCAGUGAACCUCAACCACCUCCAUCCAGCGAAACCCAGGAUUUCCCAGAUGAAUCAAAGGCAUCCAAACGUCUGACCAUUCUCACAGAGUGUCGUUGGAGAUGUGACGAGGACCGCGAACACGUGCUGAAGAUACUGUGCGAGGCCAUGGCACAGAACCAACUCGACAAAACUUUCUGGACCAGGCAGUACCAGAUCAAUCCCAUCAGUCAGACAGUAGAAGACUGUGGCACUAUACAUUACAAAGUCCUCGUCAGCAAACACGUUAAAGCUCAGCAGGACAAACGCACCUGGCCGGUGCAUGAGCCUGUGGAGGCAUGGCAACGUGAGGUGACAGAGCAGGAUUUUGCUGAUGACUGGAGUUAUGAAGUUGGCAAAAGCGACACAGAGGAAGAGUCUGAGGCCUCUACCGGACAAAGGCUCUCCGGAAACGCGCUGACAGCCAAUGGCGAGCACACCGCCCAGACAGGUGAACGGAAAAAUGUAUCCUGUAGCCAAGAUCCAGUUGGGCGAAAUGGGAGCGCUGCACCCUGCCAACCGUCUCGCGGCAUAUCUGACGGGCCGUGUGGCGGCUACCAAGAAGCAGGUUCCCCCAACCAUACCCGAGCCUCAACGGACAUCUUCCCCCUUCUCUGUUGUGACUUGCGCAACCGCCACCUCCAAAUCGGUCUUCACGUCCACAUCUACAUCAGUGUCAGCCUCCGCCUCCUAUUCGAACACCACCUCUACAUCGGUCUUUACGUCCACAUCUACAUCCACGUCGAUGUCCGCCUCCACCUCCAAGUCGAGCACCACCUCCACAUCGAACACCACUUGCAAGUCAAGCACAACAUUCACCACCACAUCCACGUCGAGCUGCACCAAUACUUCGGCCUCAAAAUCAACUGCAACUGCCAUCCCCACAUCAGUUACCACCUCCAAGUCAAGCGGCACUACUAG